AUGACUUUUUUUCAUGGUCGAAAUCAGCUGGUAGCGGCGCUGCUGAAGAAGGGAAGCUUCGACAGGAGUUUCAGAGAUUUUGAUACAAGAACGUGGUAUUCGGUGGAUCUGACGAAACUCGCUAACUUGUCGAUGGCGUCGUUUUUCGUUCAAUCGUUUUACGACGCUGAAACCGAGCAGUUUCUUGACCGGUGUAAGGAGGUGACGGAUUCAGUGCUGUUGCAACUGUGGUAUAAUUGUUGUAUGCUGAUUUUGACCAUGUUCAUGAAGAAGACGUGUAUCAACGGUUGGCUCAGGCGGGGUAGUAUGUUUCUCUUCUCCGGCGAACAGCUGUCUCUUCUGCUGGGCGUUGCCAGUGCGACACCGAAGUACCGAGCCGCUUUGGAUCUGGGCGCCGGAGAUGGUAACGUAUCUUUGAAAAUAGCCGCUUUGUGCAAUGAGUUGUACGUGACGGAAGCUUCACGAACAAUGCGAUUGCGCUUGGCUGAAAAAGGUUUCAGACUGAUCGGCAUCGACGAGUGGUUGUUGGACGUAUAUCAUUUUGACGUCAUCAGUUGUUUGAACCUGCUCGACCGACACCCGAGGCCUUUGUUAUUACUGGAGUCGAUUCGCAGCAAGGCUCUCCAAGACAACAGCACAGUGUUGUUGUCUGCCGUGCUUCCGUGGGAGCAGUACGUCGAGUUCUCGGAAACUCAGAGCCACGUUCCUUUGCAGAAAUUGGCGGUUCACGGAUCAACGUUCGAGGAUCAGGUAGCCAGCUUCGUAGAUGUGGUUCUGAAGCCAUCGCUGUUUGCCGUCGAAAAAUGGACCCGACUUCCGUACCUAUGCGAAGGCGAUAUGUAUCGAAGCUUCUAUGUGCUUGACUGCGCUGUUUUCGUUCUGAGGCCAUUGCCAUAA